AUGAACAUAGUUGGACCUAUGUCUGAUGAAGAGAUUGACUUGAACGGUGUCCCUCCCUCCUCCCCCGAGCUUCUGACGGAAAGCAGACAACAGGAAGUAGACAGCCAGGCUGCAAGCCCCCAGGGUCAAGUUUCGAAAGAAAUAACCCCGAGGACUGGAAAUAUUCACGUUAACCUAGGUGAAAAUCGCUCUGUUGGAGAGCAACCCCCAACGGCACCAUCAACAUUUAAACUGGUACCUGUCAGUGCCGAGCAGGAACAGCCCCCGCCCCCGUUGGCUAACCCGACUGGUCCCAGUCACCUGAAGCCUAGUUUGGAUCAGAUUGACCGACAAGCUCUACAAUCUGUGGAUGGCCACGCUACACAGGUAUCAACAUAUGAGCAUCCAAGCUUCAGAGAAUUGAUUUGGGAUUUGAUUUUCUCAAAAAAUAUCUCCAACGAAUUAGAAAAAGUGAGAGCAAUAUUCAAAUGGCUAGCUACCAAGAAUCUAAAAGAUAUUUUCUUUAACAAUGUUGAGAAAGGCAGCCCUGAGGAGGUUUUACUCGAACUCAAGGAGGAUAAAACAACAUACGCUAAUGUGUUUGACACGAUGUGCAAUUACGCAGGAAUACACUCCAGAAUCAUUAACGGCUAUUGUAAAGGGGUCAAUUACAAACCCGGCAUGACAUUCAAUUCAGACAAAGAUAAGCACUCCUGGAAUGCAGUCUACAUCAACGGAACUUGGGGUCUGGUGGAUGCCCAAUGGGCCGCCAGGGAAGUUAUUAAAAAAAUCAGGAAACUCCACUACCGGCUAGAUGAGUAUUACUUCCUUCCUGAUCCUCAUCAUUUCAACUGCAACCACUUCCCUGAUGACGAUCAGUGGCAGUUGUUGGAAAGGCCCAUAACGUUGGAGGAAUUUGAAAACAUGCCACACAUUAAAUACCACUUCUUUAAAUAUGGACUUCAGUUUUUAAGUCACCACUCUGUGAUCAUUUAUGGACGAGGUGAAGUGAAUGUCCGUCUUGGAUAUCCUGCCAAUAAAGUGGCCGUGAAUUUCGACUUUAGAUUGGAGUUUGAGAGUGAUGAGGAGGAGGAGUACAAAGGAACCAAACUGAUUCGCUAUGGCAUGCAGGAGAGCAUUGAAGGAAUUGUUUCCUUUAGAUUUCGCCUUCCAGCAAAGGGGUCAUAUGUUCUAAUAAUAUAUGCUUCAGAAAAGAAAGAUAAUGUGUAUGAUCAAGUGUGCGAGUAUAAGAUUGUCCAGAAAGAAGUAUCGGUCACCGAACCACUCCCCUUCCCACCCUGUGCCUCCCAGAACUGGGGACCUAGCACCGAUUUCUAUAGGUAUGGACUUGACACCUACCAAAAGACAUCCAAGAUCUUGACCAAGGACGGAAAAGCAGAGCUACAAAUUAUAAUACCAAGACAGAUGCAUUUCAUGACUAAACUGAAGCACAAUGAUCUAAACGAUGAAGACCUACAAGGCUAUGCGACUCACAGAAUUGUUGGAAAUACCGUUUAUUUCAACAUCACUGCCCCGAGGCGUGGUGAAUACGGAUUAGAAAUUCAUGCCAAUGACCCAGCAACCGAAGGUUCAACCCUGAAUCAAGUGGCACAAUAUUUAGUGGAGUGUAACGAAGACGUAAAGACCGUUCCAUUACCAAAACUGUCGGCUGGGUAUCUUGGAGCUAAACCUAAAUUCAAUGACUACGGUCUGAACACUGUAAGUCACCACACUCCUCUGAUUCACAUAGAAACCAACACCGUCGAAAUUCAGUUGUCGGUCACCCAAGAAAUAAGAGUCAAGGCCAACCUGAUAGAAGUGGAAUCAGACCGAGAGAUGACAGAAUUCGUCUUUACCCAGACCAAGGAUUCGGUGGUCAGCUUCAUGGUAAACUGUCCGUCCGUAGGAUUCUACAAGCUAGAGCUGUACGCAGCCCCAGUCCACGACCCAAGCCAACAGCUACCAGGGGUCUACAACUACCUUAUCAACUGUCAAAGGAAGACCGAGAACGUCUAUCCUUUCCCUAAGCAGGAUCCACGCUGGAAUGAAAGCUGCUACAUGUGGGAGCCAUUAGUCGUCGACAAAGAGAUAGGGAAACCCACAGUUAAUUUCCACGUCAAGAUUCCCAAGGCUAAAGAUGUCGCUGUAGUGGUGAAUCAGAAGUGGACCUACCUUAAAUUGUCGCAGCCGGAAAUAUGGGAAGGGGAGGUUAAUCUGGCGCCUUAUUAUGGAGAAGGCGUCAAAGUAACUUUGAAUGCUUUCUUUGGUGGAGACAAUACCAGUUAUCCAACAUUGCUUGAAUAUUUAUUUUAG